GACGAUACUAUAUCUAACGUCUAAUGCAGAAAUCAAAGUUAUUACUGGCACUUCAAUCACCAUCAGCACCACAACAAACACCGACACUUCAACAACCGCUGAUCCCUCAAUUACCACUUCUAGCAUAUCCACAGUCACUGUUGCAAACGAAAGGUCAAGUCAUACAAAUAAAGAAGCACGUUCAGAAUUGUUUAAAAUUGCAAAAAUAGUAUUGAAAUCUAUUAAAAAAGAAAAUAAGAAGCAAGUUUCAAAUGGUGGUUUUUCUAGUCCAUUCUCAUAUACAUAUAUACAUGGCGAUGAAUAA